GGGCAUACAUGCAAGAUCGCUUGCACUUGCACGGGGCAUACAUGCAAGAUCGCUUGCACUUGCACGGGGCAUACAUGCAAGAUCGCUUGCACUUGCACGGGGCAUACGUACAUGCAAGAUUGGUUGAUGACAAACAUAUCCAGAGAACUCGGCAAACAAAGUCUGAAUCUGACAAUGGACAGGAGUUUCUUAGAAAAGUCCAGAGUUCUUGCACAGCACAAAACAAAAACGACGAUGCUGCAAAGGUAAACGGCUCCCCAAACAAGACACUCAAAGAGAAAGGGGAAAAAAGAGAAGGCUCGGUGGUAUUCCCUCCUAUUUUCUUGCACGCGGGUUUUCGUCUGCUCUCAGGCUCUUUCUUGUUCUCUUAUUGUCAAGGAAAAGAAGCGGCAUGUGAUAGGGCAAGUUCCUUAUGCUUUUUCUUUCUUUUGUGCUUUUUUCCUUUUCUGUUUUCGCGCGCGAAGGGGCAACGGGUCAUCUAGUCGCAUAUAGCACUGGUAGCAGCGAUUAAGUUGACGGGAAACUCGUACAGCACUGGUAGCAGCAGCGAUUGAGUUGGCGGGAAACUCGUAUAGCACUGGUGGCGGGAAACUCGUAUAGCACUGGUAGCAGCCAUUGAGUUGGCGGGAAACUCGUAUAGCACUGGUAGCAGCGAUUGAGUUGGCGGGAAACUCGUACGUGUUUGCUUGCGCUGGUGUUCUGGAGUGAAAAGGGUCUUAUCAGAGUCGUUGUGGAAGAAAAUGGCGUCCCACUUGUUGCACGCACUCCAGCAGGAUAUGGCGGAGAGAGGCCAGCGGAGGUCCGAUUCGCGGCGUGUAGCGGAAAAGCUGGGGCUGGAGCCACGCAAUUCUCUUCGACAAAAAAUUGAAAAUUUAAUGUGGCUGAGCUUGGCCCUCUUUAUUUUAUAUUAUGGCGACUCCAAGGCGAACUUCAUGCAGGUUGCGUUUUUCGACCAACGCGUCAAAAGAACAGCAUUCUCAGUCGCGUUGAUGUGUGUUGGAUUGAACACGUGCAUAUUCCUUUAUCUGGCGGUGUGGUUGAGGCAUGUCGUAAGGACUGAUGAGGACUGGAACAUCGUUGCACCGGGCGCCAUUCCAGCAGCAACAUUCCUUGGGGUCGUCAGCUUUGCCUUGUUCAUGUACUCGUUGUGGCCCAUCUUUGGAUUUUUAACUUUUCCUUGUCUGUAUGUCCUCUUCUUGGGAUUUUUGGUGGUCUCUCCAUACCUUCCACCGUACACGAAGACUCAGCCGUCUCGACGGAGGAUCGAUUAACGAUUCACCAAUUUCAGGAUUUUAUCCGUGUCUCUUUUUCCCGCCAGCACGAUCUACUUCCAAGUCAUAUGUUUGAACCCGAGGCCAGCCAGCCCACCGGGAUUGUCUUUGCAUUGUGGGGAGUCUGCGACAAACAGUCAUUGCGGCUGCAUGCAGCUGGGAAGCUAUUUGCUGCCAGGCGGAAGGAAGGAAAAUCAAUUGCCCAUGGCGCU